UCCGUCGCCUGUUGCAGCAAUGAGCUUGCAGGAUGGGAGUGAGGAGGGCCACUCAGUCAGCGCCAUAAAUAGGAGAUGCAGGAAUAAGAAGCAGGCCGGGAAGGAUGCAGCUGUCCAGGGUACAAAUGACAGCAGUAUUGUCAGCAAGUAUUCAAUGGUCAAUCUGGGCUACUUCACAGAUGGAUUCCUGAAAGAAUUUGUUCAUAAGACCAAUAGAAGAGCUCCACUCAUAAAUCGUGGAUACUAUGUGAGGGCAAAGGCAGUGGAUUAUAGUGUGCGUUGCUUCUUAAAACAUACCGAAAAUUACCCUUGUAGACAAAUCCUCUCACUUGGAGCUGGUUUUGAUUCGUUGUACUUCCGGCUGAAGGCAAGUGGUGAGCUGAAAAAUGUAAUUAUGUAUGAGGUGGAUUUUCCAGAUGUCGUUCAACGCAAAGCCAUUCUGAUUAAAAACAAGCAGGAACUUGUGGAGCUCAUAGGCUGCACUGAUGAAAUGGGACUUGCCCAAACAGUUGCAGGUCAUCUGUACGGUAUGGAUUACAAGCUGCUAGGUAUUGAUCUUACUGAAAUAACUAAGUUAGAUAGCACACUGAUGGAAAUUGGCCUAAACUAUGCUUGCCCAACCUUAUUGCUGUCAGAAGUUGUGCUGACAUAUAUGAAAAAUGAAAGCUCUUCAGCUGUAAUCCGUUGGGCAGCGGAGCGAUUUUCGUCAGCAGUGUUUGCUGUCUAUGAACAGAUACGUCCGAAUGAUCCCUUUGGUCAUGUGAUGCAGCAGCACUUUGUGCAGUUGAACUCCACUCUGCACGCACUUGUCCAGUUCCCUGGAAAGGAGGCUCAGCAGAAUCGGUUUUUGAAGGAGGGCUGGGAGGAAUGCUUUUGUAUUGACAUGAACGAAUUUUAUGUCAGAUAUAUUCCAGAGCAAGAGAAGCAAAGGAUUGAACUGUUGGAACCUUUUGAUGAGUAUGAGGAAUGGCAUCUGAAGUGUUCUCACUAUAUGAUUCUGUGUGCCUCAAAAGGAGAUUUGAUAAAGUAUCUGCCAUUUACUCCCCAUCCAGAUUUCUGCACCAAGUUAGAUAUUCUUGACUCAUUGCAACUUUCGGUCUCUCUGUGUGAGACAGAAACACAGAGUCCUCAUCUGAGGAGAUUUGCCCAUUGCUCUGUACUACUUGGCCCAUAUACAGUUGUUACCACUGGAGGAUUUGGCAACAGAACUGGUCAGCAUGGACGCCUUAAAGAUAUAUCACUCUUGGCUAAAAGUGGGCCAGUUUGGAAAUCUACCUCCUUUAGGGAUGCAGACGGUUUAUUGACUGAGCGAAUGUUUCACAGCAUGACCGCACUCAGUGAUGGUCGUUGUAUAAUCAUCGGCGGCCGCACGUCUCCACUGAAGCCAGUCACAAGUGUUCUUUGUUUGAGAUGUGACACAGGCAAUGGUGGCAUCUCCAAUGUCAGCUUGUCAUUAAAGGCAAUUGAAUGCAGUGGCACCAUGCCGUCACCACGCUGGCGGCACACAGCAACAGAAGUGAUUUACAGAGACCAGAACUAUCUGUUCAUUUAUGGUGGUCGCUCGUCCAAAGAGUUGGUACUAGGUGACUGGCAUUUCCUCAAUCUGAAAGAUUACAGCUGGACAAAUAUCCCAGUGGAUGGUCCUCCGCCGGAAGGCCGUCAUUCUCACAGUGCGUGUGCGUGGAAGGGUGGUGUUGUGAUUACUGGUGGAUUGGGAACAGCACAGGUUCCUUUGGGAUCUGUUUUCUAUCUUAAACCAACUUUGUCUGGUUUUGUUUGGGAAAGAAUACAAAUGAUUUCUUCUGUCAUUCCGUGGUACUCGCACACAGCACAUAUUCUUGAUGAUAAACUUAUUUUGCUUGGAGGAGUAUCAAUCCACUCAGAUUCAAAUCCUGAAGUAACUCUUAUUGAUUUAAAAGCAGGACGGAGUUGUAACUACUACAUCAGCACGAACCCUGUGAAGUGGCCACUAAUGUUACACAAUCAUAGUAGUCUGCUGUUGGCAAAGGAACGCCAAGUACUGGUCAUAGGAGGAGGAGGGAACUGCUUCUCAUUUGGAACACACCUGAAUUACCAACCAGUCUUGUUACAGUUACCUGAGAUUAGCUGACCCAACAAAAUGAAACACAACAGUAAAAUUAGAGUACAGUUUGUAGCUUUUAUGAAAUAAUACUUCUCCUGGAGGCCUAAAGCCAACAGCUGAAUCUGCUGAAUAUCAUAACGGUGACAAAUGAAAUAUUGUGAACUUAAUUAUCGGUGACCCUGGCUACGCCAUGAGACUUUGCCAGAUUUAUGAGUAUUGGUUUUAUAUUACAUCACAUUUGUCUUAUCCUCACUAAAUAUGAAGGAAUGUCAACCUGUAAUUGUUUGAGUAAUUAGUCUUAACUGUGUCAACAUUCAUGGUAUUGUAUUUGAGCUACUUUCUAAAUUAAAUUGUCCAUCAUUUGGUGGCUGGCAUAGAUUUAAUACACUCAGUUGCCACUUUAUUAGGCACCUCCUGUAUUUAAUAAAGUUGUCACUUAGUGUAUGUUCGUGUUUUUGUGUUGCUGUAACCCAUCCACUUCAAGGUUCAAUGUGUUGUGUGUUCAGAGAUGCUCUUCUGCACACCACUUUUGUUAUGGUUAUGGUCAUGGUUAUUCGCCUUCCUCUCAGUUUGAACUAGUCUGGCCAUUCUCUGACCUCUCUCAUUAACACGGCAUUCUCACCCACAGAACUGCUGCUCACUGGAUGUUUUUUUGGUGUUUCUCACACCAUUCUCUGUAAAAUCUUGAGAAUGUUGUGCGUGAAAAUCCUAGGAGUUGAUAGCAGUUUCUGAGAUACUCAAACCAUCCUAUCUGGCAUCAACAGUCAUUUCAUGGUCAAAGUCACUUAGAUCACAUUUCUUUCCCAUUCUGAUGUUUGGCCCGAACAACAACUGAAUUCCUUGGCCAUUAUAAGGAGAACAAAUAAUUGUUACUCCAGAUCUGAAGCAGCAUAAAAGAACAGAAAACAUAAAGAAAAAGAAUAAUAAUAGAAAAAAACACAAUAAAUAUAAAUGCAUGUUACCUUUAAUACAUAGUGAUUGUGUCCAUAAAGUGACACGAGGCUGUACAUAAGGUGACUAACGCAAAAUAAUAAAGUCAUGGUGGAGUUAAUGGGUGGAGGUGUUGAUCAGCCUUACUGCUUGGGGAAGUAACUAUUUAUGCAUUGAGUUGCCGCCACAUGCUUGGCUGAUCAGAUAUUUCCAUUAAUGAGUGUGUGUACAGGUGUACCUAAUAAAAUGGCCGUUGAGUAUAUGUGAAUGGUUUGAACCUGUGGAUUUGAUUUAAACAAUGAGCUGUUGUGUUCUCAAGCAAAAUACCUAUAACUUUUAGAAGGAAACUCACUCUCAUGAACACAAAAUUCUUUAAAUUUUGCCUCUGGAAAAUGUAUAUUUUCUUAUUUUUGGGGUAAUAAUGAUACCUACAACAGGCUGUUUCAAAUUGAUGUUAAGAAUGUGACCAAUUUGAGGGUGUGCAGAUGCAAAUAUAAUUAAGAGAAUCUCUUAUAUUUAUCUGUUGAUAAUAUAUCAGAUAUUCAUUUCUUGACAUAUUUCUAAUGUCAUACCAUUAAAUACAUACUUGUUAAUGACUUGUGACAAAUUAUGAACUAACCCAUCUAUUAAAAUUUGCAUUGCCUUUCAAACAGUUAUAAUAAAUUAUUAAAUUGAGGAAUUUCUGUACACAGUCAAAGGAAUAAAUUUAAA